AUGGGCUUCACUCUGCACUCCAUCUACUUCACCUUGAAGGUGAGUUUGCUGCUGUGCUCCUUGCUGGGUCUCUGUUUGGGUCUGGAGUUCAUGGGCAUCCCCAACCAGUGGGCCCGCUACCUCCGCUGGGAUGCCAGCACUAGGAGUGAACUCAGCUUCCAGUUCAAGACCAAUGUCUCUGCUGGGCUGCUCCUCUACUUUGAUGAUGGUGGUGUCUGUGACUUCCUCUGUCUGUCCCUCGUUGAUGGGCGCAUCCAGCUCCAGUUCAGUGUGGACUGUGCGGAGACUACAGUUAUCACAGACAAGCAGGUCAAUGACAGCAACUGGCACUUCCUGAUGGUCAGCCGCAAUCACCUUCGGACGGUGCUAGUGCUGGAUGGUGAAGCCAAGCCGGGCGAGGUGCGUCCACAACGUCAAUAUAUGAAUAUUGUCAGUGACCUUUUUGUUGGUGGAGUCCCACUGGACAUCCGUCCUGCUGCCUUGACCCUUGAUGGUGUUCUGAGCGAGCCUCCGUUUCAAGGGUUUAUCCUGGAUCUGAAAUACGGCAACUCUGAGCCACAGCUCCUGGGCAGUCAAGGGGUCCGACUGGAAAUGGAAGGGCUCUGCGCAGAAAACCCCUGUGAAAAUGGUGGCACUUGCUUCCUUCUGGAUGGUGAGCCACACUGUGACUGCUCAGCCACUGGAUAUGCUGGCAAGCUGUGUUCUGAAGAUGUCAAUCAUAUUCCAGGCCUCUCACACCUGAUGAUGGGUGAACAAGGUAGAAGUAAAGCGCGAGAUGAGAACAUGGCCACUUUCCGUGGUUCCGAAUACCUUUGCUAUGACCUGUCGCAAAACCCCAUCCAAAGCAGCAGCGAUGAGAUCACUCUCUCCUUCAAGACAUGGCAACGCAACGGGCUCAUUCUGCACACCGGCAAGUCAGCUGAUUAUGUCAACCUGGCCCUGAAAGAUGGUGCGGUCUCAUUGGUCAUUAACCUGGGGUCUGGGGCCUUCGAGGCCAUUGUGGAGCCGGUCAAUGGCAAGUUCAAUGACAACGCAUGGCAUGACGUUAAGGUGACACGCAACCUGCGGCAGCACUCAGGCAUUGGACACGCUAUGGUAAACAAACUACAUUGUCUGGUGACAAUCUCUGUGGAUGGCAUCCUUACCACCACGGGCUACACACAGGAGGACUACACCAUGCUGGGCUCAGAUGACUUCUUUUACGUGGGAGGGAGCCCCAGUACUGCUGAUUUACCUGGUUCUCCAGUAAGCAACAACUUCAUGGGCUGCCUCAAAGAGGUUGUUUAUAAGAAUAACGACAUUCGUCUGGAGCUGUCUCGCUUGGCACGGAUUGGUGAUACUAAGAUGAAGAUCUACGGGGAAGUGAAAUUCGUAUGUGAGAAUGUGGCUACACUGGAUCCCAUCAGCUUUGAGACACCUGAGGCCUAUAUUAGUCUGCCGAAAUGGAAUACCAAAAGGAUGGGCUCCAUCUCAUUUGAUUUCCGAACCACUGAACCCAAUGGACUGAUCCUUUUCACCCAUGGCAAGCCUCAGGAGAGGAAAGAUGCCAGGAGCCAGAAGAAUACAAAGGUAGACUUCUUUGCAGUUGAGCUUCUAGAUGGGAACCUCUACUUGCUGCUGGACAUGGGAUCUGGGACCAUUAAAGUCAAGGCCACCCAGAAGAAAGCCAAUGAUGGAGAGUGGUAUCAUGUGGAUAUUCAACGAGAUGGAAGAUCAGGUACUAUAUCAGUGAACAGCAGACGCACCCCUUUCACUGCUAGUGGGGAGAGUGAGAUUCUAGAUCUGGAAGGCGACAUGUACCUCGGUGGGCUGCCUGAGAACCGGGCGGGUCUCAUCCUUCCCACAGAGCUCUGGACAGCGAUGCUGAACUAUGGCUACGUCGGCUGUAUCCGAGACUUGUUCAUCGAUGGACGAAGUAAGAACAUCCGGCAGCUGGCAGAGGCACAGAAUGCUGCAGGAGUCAAGUCCUCCUGCUCCCGCCUCAGCACCAAGCAGUGCGACAGCUACCCAUGUAAGAAUAAUGCAGUCUGCAAGGACGGCUGGAACCGCUUCAUUUGUGACUGCACCGGCACCGGCUACUGGGGUAGAACAUGUGAGCGAGAGGCCUCUAUCUUGAGCUAUGAUGGCAGCAUGUACAUGAAGAUCAUCAUGCCUAUGGUCAUGCAUACAGAAGCAGAAGAUGUGUCCUUCCGUUUCAUGUCCCAGCGCGCUUAUGGGCUGUUGAUGGCAACCACCUCACGAGACUCUGCUGACACUCUGCGCCUGGAGCUGGAUGGAGGCCGUGUCAAACUUAUGGUCAAUUUAGACUGUAUCAGGAUAAACUGUAACGCCAGCAAGGGACCUGAAACUCUUUAUGCUGGGCAGAAACUCAACGACAAUGAGUGGCACACUGUCCGGGUAGUUCGGCGAGGAAAGAGCCUCAAGUUGAUGGUGGAUGAUGAUGUUGCUGAGGGCACAAUGGUUGGUGAUCACACCCGCUUGGAGUUCCACAACAUUGAGACAGGGAUCAUGACGGAGAAACGGUACAUCUCUGUCAUCCCUUCCAGCUUCAUUGGCCACCUCCAGAGCCUCAUGUUCAAUGGGAUGCUCUACAUUGACCUGUGCAAGAAUGGUGACAUUGACUACUGCGAGCUGAAGGCACGCUUUGGUCUCCGCAACAUUAUAGCUGACCCCGUGACAUUCAAGACCAAGAGCAGCUACCUGAGCUUGGCCACCUUGCAGGCUUAUACAUCCAUGCACCUCUUCUUUCAGUUCAAGACCACCUCAGCUGAUGGUUUCAUUCUCUUUAACAGUGGUGACGGCAAUGACUUUAUUGCAGUUGAACUUGUCAAGGGGUAUAUACACUAUGUUUUUGACCUUGGAAACGGACCUAAUGUUAUCAAAGGCAACAGUGAUCGUCCUCUUAAUGACAACCAAUGGCACAAUGUUGUCAUCACCAGAGAUAACAGUAACACACACAGCCUAAAGGUGGACACGAAGAUGGUCACUCAGGUUAUCAAUGGUGCCAAAAAUCUGGAUCUUAAAGGUGAUCUCUACAUUGCUGGCCUAGCUCAAGGCAUGUAUAGCAACCUCCCAAAGCUAGUGGCCUCACGUGAUGGAUUUCAGGGAUGUCUAGCAUCUGUGGACUUGAAUGGGCGUCUGCCUGAUCUAAUCAAUGACGCUCUGCACCGCAGUGGGCAGAUUGAGCGUGGAUGUGAAGGACCAAGUACUACCUGCCAGGAAGAUUCCUGUGCGAAUCAGGGCAUCUGUAAUCAGCAAUGGGAAGGCUUCACCUGUGAUUGCUCCAUGACUUCAUAUUCUGGGAGCCAGUGUAAUGAUCCUGGUGCCACAUAUAUAUUUGGGAAGAGUGGCGGUCUCAUCCUGUACACCUGGCCAGCUAACGACAGACCGAGCACAAGGACAGACCGUCUUGCUGUGGGCUUCAGCACAACAGUGAAGGAUGGCAUUCUUGUUCGGAUUGACAGUGCCCCUGGGCUGGGUGAUUUUCUGCAGCUGCAUAUA